AUGGCAGAGUACGCGAAGCACAACUUGCCUCCUACAUUCGAGGGCUUGCAGUUCUCUUCCCCCACCGAGCCCGCAAAAGUCGUGCAACUCCCGACACCACUACCGACAGCAGGAUCUGUCAUCCUCCGACCAUUGUAUUCUAACAUUGUGUCCUACGCAAAAGAAGUCUUCAGCAAUGGAAACCCCAGAGGAUACUCUUAUCCCCUGCCAUUGAUUCCAGGAACGAAUGCGAUAUGUCGCAUUGCUGCUGUUCCUCAGGAUACGCCCUAUCUGAAACCAGGGAUGCUGGUUUACGCCAGUGGUGUGAUAAGACCAAGAGAUAACACACUUGCGAUGCCUCUUCUACAAGGAAUUCACAUGGGACUUGUUCCUGAGAGCGAAGCCUUGAUGAAGGGGGAAUGGAGAAAUGGUACAUGGGCAGAACUCGUCAAGGUCCCAGCAGAGAAUGUUCAUGUGCUGAACGAAAAAGUUUUGAUCAAAGACCUUGGUUACAAAGUAAUUGAUCUUGGUUAUAUCAGUACUUUGAUGGUCGCAUAUGGCGGCCUGAGUGACGUUAGAAUUCGCCCUGGAGAGACCGUGGUUGUCGCUCCGGCAACAGGAAAUUUCGGCAGCGCGGCUGUAUUCGUUGCCUUGGCGAUGGGUGCAGGAAAGGUGAUUGCAAUGGGUCGAAACACAGAAAAGCUGAGGGAGAUACUCGAGGGUACCGACAACAAUCGUGUCAAGAUCGUUCCUGUGACUGGAGAUGUGGAUGCGGAAACGGCAGCCCUGCAUGCACAUGGCCCCAUUGAUAUUUAUUUCGACAUUUCGCCUAAGCUCACCUCAACUCCAUCUUAUCUGAAGGCUGGCUUCGCUGUACUCCGACCGAGGGGCCGAGUCAGCUUCAUGGGUGGGAUGCGCGGCGACGUGGAGAUUCCGUAUCUCACAUUCGUAUUUAAAAGCUUGAGUCUUCAUGGAACAUUCAUGUACACUCGAAAGCAGACUGAUGAGCUCAUCAAACUCGUGGAGACAGGCAUGCUUCCCCUUGGUAGCCGAGCAGGAUUUCAAGCAACAGGAAGCUUCCCCCUCACGAAGUGGGAAGAGGCCUUUGACCAUGCAUUUGACAAUAUGGGACCAAAGAAAGCAGCUUAUUUUGUAGUCAACGAGGAGUAG